AUGCCUGAAAAAAGCACCAAAGCAGUACGCAGACCCGCUGAACUCCGCCCUCUUCGACGUCUCCUCCCAAACGGCACACCUACGCCCCCCCGCACCAUCCCUACUGUUCCCCUCCCCACCCUGUCGCUCCCGAUUGGGGAUGAUCCAGUCCUCGAAGUCAAUGUCUUCGACCGCCCAGUACGAGAGGGCAACGGAGUGAUCUGGACCGUGGCGUCACGUCCGGAGAGGCAGUUGAAGAAGAAUAUCAAAAUAAUCCUGAAAUCCUCCGGUCACGAGAGUGGUGUAGGGCGUCUCUCGUCCCUAAACGGGCUGUAUCGCCACUGGGCAUCCUUCGCCGUAUCGGGAGGGCCCCGGCUAUGCAGCAUCCGUGUCCCGAUCCCAUGGGCGGUUCUGGACGCGCUCGCGAGCCAUACCCACUUCUCGCGCUAUUACGCCCUCCCGAGAGAGCCUGGCCCGCACCCCGCUUUCAUCGGAAACCCCGUGAUCUUCAACGACGAGGAGAAUCCCUACGAAUUUGAAGUGUGGGAGGAUCCGGCCUACCUCGACGCGCGCCUCGCACGAAUCCGCAACCAAUGA